UUAAUUCUUCCGUUAACUUUCUGUUCUGUCUCCCUUCAACCGCAACCAUGAGCAUAACAACUUCUUCUGGAGCCACAAUGAAACACUCUAGAGGAAAGCUACCUCUCUCCAUCAUCACUAUUGCCCUCUGUAGUCUUGCUUUUGUAGCUCUGUUUUACACUGAAAGAAUUACUUUACUUUCUUCCACCUCUUUUUUCAGAAGUACAUCCUGUUCCAGAAGGAGUGCUGCUUUGAAAUCUAAGCAUAAAGCUGCACAGGACAACAUUUACAACACCGAACUAGAUGAUAGAUUUGACUUCGACCCAGAAGAAUGCAAUGUCGUUAAUGGGAAGUGGGUGUUCAACAGUUCAAUCAAGCCUUUGUAUACUGAUAGAACUUGUCCAUAUCUAGAUAGGCAAGUGUCUUGUGUCAAAAAUGGGCGGCCGGAUUCUGACUACCGUCACUGGGAAUGGCAGCCAGAGGACUGUACUUUGCCUAGAUUCAAUCCAGAAGUUGCCCUUAAGAAACUUCGAAACAAGAGGUUACUUUUUGUAGGAGAUUCAUUACAAAGAGGUCAAUGGCAAUCUUUUGUUUGUAUGGUUGAAUUCAUUAUUCCUGAAGAAAAGAAGUCACUGAAACGGGGUCGCUCUCAUACUGUCUUCAAAGCUAAGGAAUAUAAUGCUACUAUUGAAUUCUAUUGGGCUCCAUUUCUAAUUGAGUCGAAUUCCGAUCUCCAUAUUAUAGGAGACACCAAAAAAAGGAUUUUAAAAGUGGAUUCAGUUGCCAAGCACGCCAAACACUGGCUUGGAGUAGACAUCCUUGUUUUUAAUACUUAUGUUUGGUGGAUGAGUGGUCCUAGGCUCAAGACACUAUGGGGUUCAUUUUCAAAUGGGCAAGAAGGUUUUGAAGAAUUGGACACUCCAGUUGCUUAUAGAAUUGGCCUAAAGACAUGGGCGAAUUGGGUCGAUUCAAAUAUAAAUCCCAACAACACUCGUGUCUUUUUCACAACUAUGUCUCCUACACACACAAAAAGCAUAGACUGGGGCAACAAGAACGGGUCAAAAUGCUACAAUGAAACAAUGCCAGUGAUGAAGAAGAAGUACUGGGGAAGUGGUUCUGAUAAAAGAAUGAUGAGUGUGGUGGCUGAUAUAGCGGAGAAAAUGAAAGUUCCUGUUACAUUCAUCAAUGUAACACAAAUUUCUGAGUACAGAAUCGAUGCUCACGCAUCAGUUUACACUGAGACCGGCGGCAAGCUUUUAACUGAAGAGCAAAAAGCUGACCCUCUUCACCACGCAGAUUGCAUACAUUGGUGUUUGCCAGGAGUCCCAGAUACAUGGAAUCAAAUAUUGUUAGCAUCCUUAUAGCUACAAAAGCGAAAUUAUACAUAGACUUUUAAUUCGUCUGUGUAUGUGUAAGUUGUUUCAUUUAUACACUGCAAAGCAACUUUUGUUUU